CGGGAAUAUUGUGCAGUAAUUAUUUAAAGUGUUCUCGUACAAAUGCAGCAGACACACGUGAACAAGUGGUAACAUUUUAUCAGGGACCUCAGAGAAAACCACGACUGACGCUCCCGGAAGGGUAGGUGGUGAGCUGGUGAGUCGCUGCUCCGCCCUGGCUCCCCAGCUGUUCUUGUCAGAUAAAGGUUUCACAAAAACGACCGCAGGCGACAGCUAAGCAGUGUAACAAGCUGCCAUGGCCUUAAGUGGGGCCUCAGCGCCAGCAGCCACUCAUUGGGCCACCAAGGUGGAGCUCACCAUCUCCUGUGAGAAUCUCAUGGACAUGGACGUCUUCUCCAAGUCUGACCCCCUGUGUGCCUUGUACAUCAACACUUCAGGCUCCCAUUGGUAUGAGGUCUGUAUUUGGUCAUGGCACAAGAUUUCCAGCUGGAUAGGGUUUGGGCGCACAGAGAUGAUCCUGAACUGUCUGAAUCCAAAGUUCUCCAAGAAGUUUAUCAUCGACUACUAUUUCGAGAUGGUGCAGAGGCUGAAGUUUUGCGUGUAUGAUAUUGACAAUAACACCUAUGACCUGGAAGAUGAUGAUUUUCUGGGGGAGCUUGAAUGUACCUUGGGCCAGAUUGUUUCCAGCAGGCAGAUAACUCGACCUUUGAUGCUGAAAAACCUGAGGCCUGCAGGUCGUGGGACCAUCACAAUCUGUGCUGAAGAAAUAACAGACACCAGAGUGGCAGAGUUUGAGGUGUCAGGGCGCAGGCUGGACAAAAAGUUUUUGUGGUGGUCCGACCCUUUCCUGGAGUUCUUCAAGCUAACAGAAACUGGAUGGCAGCUGGCUCACAGGACAGAGGUCGUUUACAACAACCUAAACCCGAUUUGGAGACCCUUCCGCAUCUCAGUGCGAUCUCUCUGUGGAGGAGAUGUGGAAAAGCCUAUAAAGGUUGACUGUUACGACCAUCAUGUGAACGGCUCCCAUGUUCUUAUUGGGAGCUUUAGAACCACUCUAGCAGAGUUGCAAACGGGAACACACAUUUGCCCGGCUGAAUUUGAGUGUGUUAACCCCAAAAAGUUGAGGAAGACAAACUAUAAAAACUCUGGGGUCAUUUGCGUCAAGCGCUGCCAGGUGGUGAAGGAGUAUACCUUCCUGGAUUAUAUUAUGGGGGGCUGUCAGAUCAACUUCACUAUUGCCAUUGACUUCACAGGCUCUAACGGGGAUCCUAGCUCUCCCCAGUCCCUCCACUACAUCAACCCCGAGGGCUACAAUGAAUACCUGACAGCCAUCUGGGCAGUGGGUAAAGUCAUCCAGGACUAUGACAGUAACAAGAUGUUUCCUGUCUUUGGUUUUGGAGCCCAGGUCCCUCCCUCCUGGCAGGUUUCCCAUGAGUUUCCUAUCAAUUUCAAUCCAGCAAAUCCAUUCUGUGCAGGCAUAGAAGGUGUGGUAGAGGCAUACCAGAAGUGUCUACCCAAGCUGAAGCUCUGGGGUCCCACCAACUUUUCUCCGAUUAUCAAACAUGUCGCCUGCUUCGCCAGACAAGCUCUCCAGCAGAAUAGGGCCUCACAAUACUUUGUGCUGCUCAUCAUCACAGAUGGAGUGAUCACAGACAUGGACCAGACCCGCACUGCGAUCGUAGAGGCCUCUCGUCUGCCCAUGUCUAUCAUCAUAGUGGGUGUGGGUGGGGCAGACUUCAGUGCAAUGGAGUUCCUUGACAGUGAUGACAAAUUGUUGCGUUCGCCAAUGGGUGACGUCGCCGCGAGAGACAUCGUCCAGUUUGUGCCCUUCAGAGAUUUCCAAGGAAACAGCACAGCCCUCGCCCAGAGCGUCCUGGCGGAGCUGCCUGAUCAAGUGGCCUCCUUCUUCAAUUCUUACAAGCUGAAACCCCCUAAUAUAUUCAAUGUCUCUGAUCCUUCCUAGAAAGGUGGGAUAAUAAACCCAAAUACCUCAUAUUUACUACUUGCCUGCGUCACCUGCAUCCUCUUUCUGUUUUUAUUGUAUGGAAUGGUGCAAAUCAAUACCAAAAAGUGUCCUUUAUAGCUUCUGCUGUAAAUGUGGGGUAAAAAGAAUAAUAACAACAAAAAGAAAUCAUAAUUAACCCCAAAUCCGUGACUGGAUUUAAUAUUGUUUAAUAUGUAUUUUAAAGUUCAUAAAAGAAAAAACACAGUGCCUUGUAGUGCAUGAAACCAAGCAGUCAUCAAGCAAUCACAUAAAUGCAAUCACAUUGAACUCUGUGCUAAAAAUGUAUCGCUUAACAUGUUGAUGUGACUUUGUUGAUUAAAUGUCAUUA